UUUCUCUCUUCUUCGUCAGAGAGACCGAAACAAAGAGAGAGAGACAGAGGGCUUUGAGUUUUCUCUGCUAAACACAAAAUUGAAAUUGAUAAUUUCUCCUCUAAAUUUUUAAUUUUUAAUUUUUUUUGGAGAAAAAUUUUGUUUUUGACACUAUUUUUUUCGGUACAAGAAUAGAAAUAAAGAAUGGGAGAGAAUCUCCGGCCGAAUAUUCCGGAUCCUGACGCAACUCGGGGUUGCCGGGUCGAGUUGACUCGGACAAACUCCGACUCCUCCGCCAUCACCGUCGACGCCGUUGCUUCCACACAACCUUCUUCGCCUCAUUCUAAAAUUCCACCGCCGGAGGGGCAGUUGACAGAGUGGACAGAUGAGAAGCACAGUUCAUAUCUUGGUUCUUUAGAGGCAUCAUUUGUUACUGAGUUGCACCGUUCCAUGCAUUUGCGCGGUUUGCGCUCACAAGAUAACAUGUGGAGGGCAUCUUCAUCUGAAAAACCUCAAGCAAAAACUCGUAAUUCUUCAGACCAGUUUUUUGUUCUACGAGAUGGCUGCUGGCAGAAGAUUAACUUUGAAAGAAAUGAUGCUUUCUCGAACAGCACUGCUGAUUCUCAUGUUGUUUUAGGAACUCCAUGGAUACGCCGGUUUACAUCUUCAAGUAAACAGCGGACUGUGAGAUCUCCUGAUGCCCGAGGACAUGGGAUAGUUUGCAAUAAAGCAGUCCUCUUAAAAGAGAAUUUCACUUCCUCCCGUGGAUCUUUGAGAGGUUUGGAGCAGCACUCUGUUUGUCUUCCAUGCCAUCAGGAUUUGGUUGGCAACAUUACAGAGGUUUCAGAUCAGAACUUUGAGGAUGAAGACCAAGGAGAGAUGUCAAGCCGUGCGUCUAUGGUGAAAAGGUUGAAGACAGCUUCAGUUGAUGCUACAAACAAUGACCAAGUUGUGCCUCUUGGAAAGUUUUGUAUGACAGAUGUUGCAACAGUCAGUAAUGCUUCAUCAGAGAGGGAACAAGAAGGAACCUAUGAACUGCUGUCAGAGCACCCUGAGAGCUUUGUCUGCCCCAAAUCUGAUCUGCAUUAUUGUUUGAAAGGGAGCUGAGUUGUGACUUGGAAUCUGAAGUUUGAUAGAUAGCUAUUGACAGUGACACACCAAAAGAAAAGCGAAUUAAGAAUUGCAGAAACUAGUUGAUCAACAAACUUCAAAGAUGUAAAUGGUGACUAUUUCUUAUAGAGGUGCUGGGGUUCAUGUGGUAGUAAUGCUGAUAGGAGAUUUUUGUAAAAUUCCGAAGGAAGAAAAAAUUCAUAUUGGCUAUGAAGCUUGCUUGUAUCUAGUAUCUAUCUUCGUUGAUUCUCUUUUCUUUUCGUAUAAUUUUCCUCAAUUUUGCUUUCAAAGUGAAGCUUGAACUCCUAUUAGACAGAUAAAGUAGGUAAUGUAAUUGACAUAUACGGGUUAGCGUGUGGAUGCAUCUAGCUGACUGUCAUUCAUGUCGUUGUGUUCCACGUAUUGUAUAAUAUUUUUGCUUCCAGUGAUAUCACACUUCUGCAAGGGUUCUUGAACUUUCGUAUGUUAGUUUCAUACUUUGAUUCA